AUUUCACCACUGCACUCCAGCUGGUACAACAGAGCGAGAUUCCAUCUCAAAAAAGAAAAAGAAAGAAAUUUUAUUUGAAAGACCCUUCCUGUGUGUAGACCCAAUGUUAGAUCCACAUGUUACCCAAUUAACCAAAUAUAUAACAUCACUGGCCCAAUUUCAACAAGCCAUCCAGGAGUUUGGGCAAAAGGUACUGCCUGAACCUGACCCUUUCAGUAAGCAACCCUUAUACUAGCCAGGGUUACAAGUCCUCAUCAAAACCUAGAGCAAUGGUCACAUGGGUCUCAACUAGCCUGGGUCUGUCCCUCAUGGAAAGACCCAUUUAUUACUUUCUACCCCAACAGUUAUUAAAGUUUCUGGAAUCUCUAGUUGGAUACAUCACUCUCAAGUAAAACUGUGGGAAGGUGCUGAAGAAUCAACAACAGAAUCAGCAUCUGAGUAGUCUCAUGAGCCAACCAUUGGAGGGCUUCAGAUUCCUCUUCAAGUGAAAAGAUAAGUACAGCCUUCUCUCCUUUUACCGGAAAUAAGGUCAUCUCAGUACUGAGAAUUUUGGUUGCAGUGGUAUUGGUUAUUCCACUCAUUUUGACCCUAACUUGCAUGCCACCUAAAGUCCUGAUAACAGCCUCUUUUAUCACUAAACACUACAUCUAACCAUUUAUUUUUCUCUCCUAUUUUCAACACUUUUCUUUUCAUAAAGCUUAAGAGAAAUUCCGCUAUGACAGAGAAAUACCUUUUCCUUUAUUUUUACCUCCUUUCCAUGCCCCUGCUCUCACAAGCCCAAUGGAGUGAAAAUUUGCUUGUCAAUUUCUCCAAAAUCAUUGCUUCUGGAAACCAUCUAACUAACUGUUGGAUUUGUCACGACUUCAUCACCAGAUCCUCAUCUUACCAAUAUAUUUUGUUAAGAAAUUUUUCUUUAAACCUAACAUUUGGUUCAGGAAUCCCUGAAGGCCAACAUAAAUCUGUUCCACUCCAGGUUUCACUUGCUAACUCAGCGUACCAAGUCCCCUGCCUGGAUCUCACUCCACCUUUCAAUCAAAGCUAUAAAACUUCCAUGUAUUUGUUCAACUGCUCUUCUCUAAACCAGACCUGUUGUCCGUGCCCUCGAGGACACUGUGACUGGAACGCCACCUUGGCGGAGGAAUUCCCCACUCCCACCAUCCAGCCCAUGAGUUUUUCCUCAACAGGUUGCCACCCUAACUUGACUCACUGGUGCCCAGCUGACAAUCACCCAGUGAAUAGUCCAGAGAAGUCACUCCAGAAUCGGUGUACAGCUUGGGAAGGAAAAGAGCUAAUAACAUGGAGGGUUCUGUAUUCGCUUCCCAAGGCACACACUGCCCACAUAUGGCCAAAAGGUGCCGCUCUCCAGGGAGGGCCUCUAUCCCCUACAUGCAAUCGAACAAUUCAAACAGGGUGGAAAUCGCAUUUACACAGGUGGUUCAACACCAAAAGCCCCCGGUGGGCCUGUACCCCUCCUGGCUAUGCAUUUUUAUGUGGACCAAAACAAAAUAAACUGCCCUUUGAGGGAAGUCCUAAGAGAACUUAUUCAACGCCCCCUUCGGCAAACCUCUUUACUUGCAUCAAUAACAUCCAACAUGUGGGGGAAUGUGCUGUGGGACUUUUGGGGCCACGGGGGAUAGGGGUGACCGUUUAUAACACCACCCAACCCAGACAGAAAAGAGCUCUGGGUCUCAUAUUGGCAGGGAUAGGAGCGACCGUAGGAAUGAUCGCCCCAUGGGGAGGGUUCGCCUAUCAUGAAAUCACCCUCCGAAAUCUCUCCACGCAAAUAGGGAACCUGGCUAAGAGCACUGGAGAUGCCAUCUCUAAACUCAAGGCCUCCCUAGAUUCUCUGGCCAACGUGGCCAUGGACAACAGAUUGGCCUUAGAUUACCUCUUAGCAGAGCAGGGUGGAGUCUGUGCAGUGAUCAAUAAAUCCUGUUGCACUUAUGUCAAUAACAGUGGGGCAAUAGAGGAGGAUAUAAAAAAGAUCUAUGACCACGUUACGUGGCUCCAUGAGUUUGGAAAAGGAGGUGCUUCAGAAGGGUCCAUUUGGAAGGCUGUGACGUCUGCUCUCCCCUCCCACACGUGGCUUGUCCCUUUACUGGGACCAGCUGCACUUAUAUUCUUCCUUCUCCUUUUUGGCCCUUGUCUCUAUAAUUUACUGAUUAAAUGUGUCUCUUCCAGGAUACGGCAAUUUCACACACAGCCCCUAAAAAUGGAAAGCCAUCAUCCAGUCGUCCUUGGAGGCCCCAGCACCUGCAAGUACAUCUCCCCCUUGGAUGCCAGUGGGCAAAGAUUCCGGGAAACUACAGAGGGGCUCCUUCCCUGACAGAGAGCAAGAGACGGAGACCCUGAUGACUUCUUCGUCCCAUGUCAGCAGGAAGUAGUUACAGAAGACCCACGACGUCCUUACACCCAAAGCCUUUCAGGGUCUCCAUCUCUUGAGGGGAAUUAUUGUUAGGGUAGGCAGUUAGGUAGGCAUGAGCAGGCAAGAGAGCCCCUGGGAAAGGACUCUUUAGAAACACAGCCCACUGAUGGCCUCCUUGGAGAUGCUGCCCGUGGACAGUCAGCAAAAUGAGGAGAGUGAGCCAGGCGCA